AUUCGAUCCGGGAUGUCAUUACAAAAAUUAUCUCAAUUCUUAUGUCACCUCUACAUGUAGCUCAGGCAGUUUACCCAUGAAGCUUGUUAAUGAUGAUGCGAGCAGCUAAAAUAGCUUAUUUAUCUUUUUCGUUGAUUGUAGUUUGUUUACUACUACAGAUUAUUGUUUUUAGCGUGCCGUCCUGGGUGUACUAUAAUAAUGGACAGUACAGUACUUACUUUGGACUGUGGACUCUGUGUUCGGGUAUGGUGGGAAGAGAAACGUGUGCCUCAACCAUUGGUCACCCCUCUUUUUUUAAUCAAGAAUGGUUUCAGGCAGUACAAGCACUUGAAUGUCUUGGUUUAGUGGCGAUUGUAGCCGCUAUCAUCUGCAGUUUUAUAUCCAUAUUUUUGUCAAAAGCUGAACGGAUUUUGAAUUAUGCCACUUUCAUUUUGAUGAAUACAGCAGCUUUGUUCAUCUUGAUCGGUGCUAUAAUAUUUGGCGCCCGGGUGAAUUCGAUACCCUCCACCGUGCUGCUAGCUAACUAUCUCUUCGUUCCGUAUGGUUUCAACAUAGUGUGUGGAGCUCUAUGUUCUGUUGCAGGUGUAUGCAUGCUGGCUUACAAACUAGGGCAUAGCUCCUAAGUGCCUGUGUUGGACCUCUGUUUGCCGUGUGCCAUGGCUUUUCUAC